AUGUCCCCAUCACCGUCCGUCUUAGCGGUCUCGCGGAUUGCCUAUCUCGCAUCUGAUGUGGUCAUAAACUCCCUAUCGUCCGCUGGCCCAUCCCCCUUUGCCUCUGCCUUCAAUGCGCUCGCUGCCUCUCCACACACCAGAGCCGCCGUCAAGGACCUGCCCUUCGGUGCGGACGCAGGUGCUUCCCUCCUCCGACACCGCUCCGCCGCCCGCCUGCUUUCCUACACCACCCUAGCCCACCCCCAGGCUCUCAACAAUCUCCUUCUCCAUCUCCCCGAGCUUUCCUCAACCCCUACCGUCUUCCAUAUCGCUGUCGGCUCUGAUCUGUCGGAUGCUCUCGUUCUGCUCUCUUCGCUGCCUUUCGUGCUCUACUCGCGCACAGCUCAGCAGGCUCAUGACCAUGCUCUGCUCGCUUCACGUCUUGCCUUCACCGAGUCUAUCGCUGUUCUCCACAUCUUCCACCUCGGAGAUGUCAAUGAGACGUUUGACUCCUUAGACGAAGACAGUGUCCCCGCUUUCCUCCUCUCUGAAAAGCGAUCGCUAUCGAGAUCCGAGCAGAAGCCUUCCACAGACCCCGCUGGUCUCCUUCAAACGUACCAGUCCGCGGCUCUGGCAACUGUCUCCCUACUCCGUCGUCCUCUUCGCCCAUUCGCACAGCAUGGCGCGUCUGAACCGCACACUGUCGUCUUCACCCUCGGUCGUGCAACCGUCAGCACAGACAUCGAAGGCGUGGCUUUCGUCGAUGUCGCGCUGCUCAAGCCCCUUCCCUCCUCAGCCAUUCUGGGCACAAUCCCACCGUCAACGACGCGCGUCAUUGUUCUAGAGCAGGUCCAUCGCUGGUCUAUGAAGUGGACGCCGCUCUACUUGGAAGUGGCCAGCGCAAUCCAGCAGAGCGAGCUGCCUUCCCCUCCGGUAGUGCAGAGCGGGGUACUGGGAGAUGCUAGCUCCCUGAGUGGCAGCGACAUCGGAGCCUUCCUGCAACGAGCCGCCUCGGAGUCGCCUUCCGCUCGUCUCUCGCUCGGUCCAUCCCCGUCUUCCACGGAGGCAGCGCCUGCGACACCCCCUGUGCCCAGGCACGAAUCGGCGUACACGAAGAUGCUUCACAACCUGUUCUCGGACCGCCUCGAGAUCCUGAACGCCCCUGAGCUUGUCGCUUCGCAGGGCCAGGCCGCGACCACGCCGGAGUUUGCCUUGGGUCGUGCCCGCGGAGACAUCGAGGAACGCGAGGAGCUCGUCAGUGCCGUCCAGGAUCUGUUGCGCGACUCGACAGUGUCACUGGAGAUCCACGCACUUCUGAGCCGUUGGCUGGGAGCUCGGGACGACGGUCUCAAGAGCAAGCGCCUCGGCGAGGAGCUCGUCGCCGCCAUCCAGGCCAACAACCUUUCCAGCCCCGCCGCACAGAAGAUCCUCCAACUGCGCCGCCUCCUUCCUGCCCUUUCUCGCUGGAUCAUCGGUUCAGAUGCGUGGGCAUACGAUCUUGGCGCUUCCGGUCUCCACCAUGCCGUCGCGUCUAAGCUCAAUGUGAACAUCCUCAUUCUCGACACGACCCCCUACACGUCUCGCAACACCGUCGACCCGCAUCGCAGGAAGCAGGAUGUGGGCUUGUAUGCUAUGAACCAUGGUGACGUCUACGUCGCGAGCACCGCCGUGUACUCCUCGUAUUCCCAGGUCCUCCAGGCCAUCAUGGAGGCAGACCGCUACGACGGUCCUUCCGUCGUCCUUGCGUACCUCCCGUACAACUCGGAGGAGACGCCUGCCUUGGAGAUCCUGAAGGAGACGAAGCUCGCCGUCGACUCGGGCUACUGGCCCCUGUACCGCUGGAACCCGGCCAGAGAACGCGAGGGCAAGGAGCCGUUCUCUCUCGACUCCGACUUUGUCAAGAACGAGCUCCAGGCGUUCCUCGAUCGCCAGAAUCACCUCUCACAGCUCGUGCGCUCCAAGCCCGAGAUUGCCUCCGAGCUUGUCGGCAGCUUGGGCGAGAACCUCAAGCAAGCCCGUAAGCAGCGCGCCGCGCAGGCAUACAACGACCUCCUGGCUGCCAUCGACGCUCCGCCUCUCACUGUCCUGUAUGCCUCCGACGGUGGUAAGGCCGAGAAGGUGGCGAAGCGCCUUGCGACCCGCGGGAAGAUGCGCGGCCUCUCGACGACCGUCGCGACCGUGGACUCCAUCUCCAUCGAGGACCUCGCCAAGGAGGAGAUGGUGGCCUUCGUGACCUCCGUCGCCGGCCAGGGCGAGUUCCCACAAAACGGCCGCUCCUUCAUCAAGGCGCUCAACGCCCUCGCGGCCAAGGGCGAGCGGCCGUUGACGAACGUCAAGUACGCCGUCUUCGGCAUGGGCGACAGCCACUACUGGCCCCGUCCCGAGGACGCGCACUACUACAACAAGGCGGGCAAGGACCUCGACGUCCGCCUAGAGCAGCUCGGCGCGACCCGUUUCGCGCCGCUCGGCCUCGGCGACGACCAGGACGCCGACGGACCCGAGACCGGCUACAAGGCAUGGGAGCCCCUUCUCUGGAAGGCGCUGGGCGUCGACGCGAUCGAGGUGAAGGAGGCAGAGCCCGAGCCUAUCACCAACGAGCACAUCAAGGUCGCAUCGCAGUACCUCCGCGGCACCAUCGCCGAGGGUCUCGAGGACACCACGACGGGCGCGCUCGCCCCGAGCGACACGCAGCUCACCAAGUUCCACGGCAUCUACCAGCAGGACGACCGGGACAUCCGCGACGAGCGCCAAGCGCAGGGCGUCGAGCCGGCGUACGGCUUCAUGAUCCGUGUGCGCAUGCCCGGGGGCGUGUGCCUGCCCGAGCAGUGGCUCAUCAUGGACCAGAUCGCGGACGAGCACGGGAACGGCACGUUCAAGAUCACGACGCGCCAGACGUUCCAGUUCCACGGCGUCAUCAAGCGCCAUCUCAAGUCUGCCAUCCAGGACAUCAAUCGCGCCCUCCUUGAUACUCUUGCCGCUUGCGGUGACGUGAACCGAAAUGUCAUCGUCUCGACCGUACCUUCGCUCUCAAAGCUGCACCGUCAGGCAUACGACUUCGCGAGGAGGGUCAGCGAGCACCUCCUACCUCGCACCACCGCCUACCACGAGAUCUGGCUAGACAAGAAGCUCGUCGCCGGGGACGCACUGAAGGACGUCGAGCCUCUCUACGGCCAGUUCUAUUUGCCUCGCAAGUUCAAAAUUGCUGUCGCAAUCCCUCCCAACAACGACGUUGACGUCUUCGCGAACGAUGUCGGUUUCAUUGCCAUUAUUGACGACAAGGGUGAGCUCGCCGGAUUCAACGUUACCGCCGGAGGAGGGAUGGGCGUCACGCACGGCAACAAGAAGACAUACCCCAGAAUCGGCGAUGUCCUUGGAUUCUGUACUGUCGAGCAGGGCGUUGAGAUUGCCGAGAAGAUCAUGCUUGUCCAAAGGGACAACGGCAACCGUGCAGACCGCAAAAACGCCCGGCUGAAGUACACCAUUGACCGCAUGGGCCUCGACAACUUCAAGGCGGCCGUGGAGAAGCUGCUUGGCUACCAAUUCCAGCCAGCUCGCCCCUUCUCGUUCGACAAGAACAUCGACGAGUUUGGCUGGAUCACAGGCCAGGACGGCAGGCACCACUUCACGUGUUUCAUCGAGAACGGCCGGAUCCAGGACGAGCCCGAGAAGGACUUCAAGACUGGCCUGCGUGAGAUCGCGAAGGUGCACAAGGGCGCGUUCCGCAUGACCGCCAACCAGCACCUCAUCAUCUCGGACGUCGCGACCGAGGACCUGCCGACGAUCAAGGGUCUGCUCGCAAAGUACAAGCUCGACAACCUGGCCUAUAGCGGCUUGCGCCUAUCCUCGUCCGCUUGCGUGGCUUUCCCGACGUGCGGUCUUGCUAUGGCCGAGUCAGAACGGUACCUGCCCAUUCUCAUCGAUAAGGUCGAGAAGAUCUGUGAGGAGAACGGCCUCCGCAACGACUCCAUCGUCAUGCGUAUGACCGGCUGUCCCAACGGCUGCGCACGACCAUACCUUGCAGAGGUCGCCUUCGUCGGUAAGGCGCCCGGCUCUUACUUGAUGCUUCUCGGCGGAGGCUAUUACGGCCAACGGAUGAACAAAGUCUACCGAGAAACCGUCACGGAGCCAGAGAUACUCGCGAUCUUGCAGCCGAUGAUCAAGCGCUAUGCACUCGAGCGACACGAGGGCGAACACUUUGGUGAUUUCGUGAUUCGUGCGGGUUAUAUCGCGCCUACGACGUCGGGCAAGGAGUGGUACGACCGCAUGGGCGGCGAAGGUCAACAUCGGGAGAUCUCAGUUGGAGCAUGA